UUGACAACUCAAAACAAACUGCAGAUAAGAUGAACAUGAAUUCAAUGUUUUCUGUAUUUUUGGAAUAAAAUGUAUUUAUUUAACGUACACAUUAUGAUGACUACCAAUCGCAUUCUUAAAAAAUGCCGGCAAGUUGUUUUUCACAGUCGCUGGAGCAGCACAGUUCCUGGCUUGGGCUCUUUUAGCUCUGGAGAAGCCUCCUCUAGAUACAGUUGGCGCAAGCCAAUUGGUGAAUACACAGGUAUUACAAUUUAUAACCACAGCUUACGAAGCAAAGUGCCUCUAGUGUUUAGGAAUCCACAUUUUGCCACCUGGUACACGUGUGGACCCACAGUUUAUGAUUCGGCACAUUUGGGUCAUGCCAGCACUUAUGUUAAGGUUGACAUUUUACAGCGCAUAAUGCGCGACUACUUUAAAAUAAAUCUAGUCACGGCCAUGAAUAUAACCGAUGUCGAUGAUAAGAUUAUCAAGCGCAGCCGUGAGACCGGUCGAGAUUGGAAGCAAUUGACUAGCGCCUAUGAUGCAGAGUUUAAGGAGGACAUGCGACGCUUAAACGUGCAACCGCCAGAUUUUCGCACUAAUGUGACAAAUAAUAUACCUGCCAUAGUGCUUUUCAUACUCGAUCUCCUAAACAAUAAGAUGGCUUAUGUCACGGAAGAUCACUCGGUCUACUUCGAUGUCACCAAGUAUCCAUACUAUGGUAAGCUGGAAAAGAUAAACAUGAGUGUGAACGAACAGCAACAACUUCUGGAAAGCAAUAAGAGUAAUGCUGCCGACUUUGCACUUUGGAAGGCGAAAAAGGACGCGGAUGAGCCCAGUUGGCCUGCACCUUGGGGUGGCGAAGGGCGGCCAGGCUGGCACAUUGAAUGUAGCGCAAUUGCUGGCCUUUUCUUUGGCCAACACCUCGACUUCCAUGCCGGCGGUCUGGACUUACGUUUCCCACAUCACGAAAAUGAGGAGGCUCAGUGCUGUGCACGAUUUAACACCGACCAGUGGGUAAACUAUUGGUUACACACAGGCCAAUUACAUGUGCAAGGACAGGAUGUGAAAAUGUCGAAGUCCCUUGGGAACACCAUUUCUGUAUCUCAGCUGCUGGAGAAAUACACCGCCGAUGAGUUCCGCAUGGCUUGCCUGCUGUCCAAAUAUCGCAGUCCAAUGACAUUUAGUGAUCAACUAAUGAUAACCGCUCGCCAAACGCUGCAGAAAUUCCGGGAUUUUCAUGCCGACUUGAACGCAUAUACGCGAUUCCUAAAGCCUCUCAAGUUGCUGGACGAGGUUGCAUUGAAGGCUCAACUGAAGUUCACGGUCACCGAAUUUGAUACCAGUCUGCGCGAUGAUUUCGAUACGGCACGCGCCAUUAAUGUGCUCAUAGAUCAAAUGUCCAGCAUAAGUCGCUGCAUUAAUGAGCAACAAGCAGAUGCCCAGCAGGAUGCAGCCCACUGUCUGGAUUUGUUGUUGGGUGCUAAGAAUUUUAUUUGCAAUGCUAUGCAAACUUUUGGUAUUAAGCAACUGGAUACUACCGAAGCAGCCCUAGAGCACGAUCAACAACUCAACACGACUCUUGGGAUGGAUGUAAAUGCUCUGCUGGGCGAUGUGGUAGCCAUGCGUGGCAAGCUGCGUGAAGAGGGUGUAGGCGCCAAGAAUGUGCAAUUGUUGCGCGUUUGCGAUGACUUAAGGCAUCUUCUACAGAAACAUGGAAUCGAGCUGCGUGAUCACAAGCAAGGUACCUCAUGGGUAUUUAAAAACGUCAGCGAUAGAACAAGCACCACCUCAAAUGCGGGCAUCCCUUAAAAUAUCAGAUAUUGCUUUUUACUUAUGUUUUAUAUUGUUAUAUGUUGCUGUACGCUUAAAGAAUCUAACCAAAUUAUAAUUGUCUGUAGUCUAAAUCUA